CUACAUGUGUUUUUGCAAGAAGGGAUAUGACGACACGGCCACUUCGAACACCUACGAUUCUAUUGGCCGGGACUGUCGAGACCACAACGAGUGCAACGAUCCUAAAGGCACGAACUGCUUGUACAGUCGAAACCAGACUCAAUGGUGCACGAACCUGGAUCCCGGCUAUUACUGCAGGUGUAAUCCGGGAUGGAAGGGGGCCACAUGUGAAACAAACGUAAAUGAGUGCACUGAAUGGAAAAAGCCGUGCGGCCACAACGCCACGUGCCGAGACGGUUAUGGUAACUAUUUCUGUGAAUGUGAUACGGAUCACCAAGGAAACCCAUUUCUUGGAUGUUUUAAACCGGUCAUGCUGGACUUCGAAAAGACGCCAGUAUCAUGUGCACAUGGUGAUAACGAAAUUUUGGACCCCAUUAAUAUUCCAGGUGGGCGUUUUCCGUACCUCGGAAACUAUUAUGACGUAUUUCGGCCGAAUAUGAAUGGAUUCCUUGCCCUAAACUAUCCACCAUUGUAUGAGCGAUACGGCGCCGAGAAUUCCACAUUGUGGGAGAAAUACGUGGACAACCACAUUGUUAUUGCUCCUCUAUGGACAAACAUUGACACUCGCAACAUAACGGGCGCCGGACUGUGCGUUCACGUUCUGUCAAACAAGACUGCAGACGCAAAGGACAUGAAGCAAAUUGAGGAUUUAGUACAGCAAUACACUAACCGGUCAGACUUCAGCGUAGAUGUUGCCAUAGCAUUGACCUGGAGGAAUGCCACCAUACACUCACCCUACAUGCCGGGAUAUGAGCUUUUUAAACAGCAGAACCUGUCAAUGCAGGCGAUUGUGGUAACUGACGGUCUGUACACAUACCUGCUAUUCAACUACGAUCAAGAGCAGUUCAGCAUCAAACCCGACAGAUAUACGCCAGUGGCCGCCGGAUACACAUAUCCCGGGAACUUUUCUGGCAAGAUACUAGCUGACAGGAAUACCUUCAUGAACCUUAAGAACGGAUCGAACGUUUUACCAGCGGUCAAAGGUCGUUGGCUGCACAACGUCACGUACAUCACUGACGACAUGUGGGACGAGGUGAGAUGCCAAAAGUUCAAUGAGAACCAAACAUUGAAAAACUGGACGCGAGAACAGCUUAAAAACUCAUAUCCUUGUCCCUGUUACGAACAAGAUAUGAAAAAGGACUAUACCUUCAAAAUCAAUAACAGCCUUUGGUCGACCAUUGACAAGUAUACCCACUGUUACGAGUCGUGGUUCUUCAAUCCAUACGACAUCAAACAGCGUUGCUGCUAUCGAUUCGGCGAACUGCGUAAGGAAUAUCCUUUCGCAAUUGGUGCUGAGUACAAGGACGCCAGGAACGCGAUACUGGAAGACGGCUUUCGGCAGUGCUGCUCAGAGGCAAACAGUCGUCGCUACUGUCACCUUUACUAUGACGUUAACCCGCCCGACGACUGCUCCAGCUGGUCUCCUGACGAUGGCGUCGUAAGACGAUCUGUUCGCAAAGUCAUGACAUUUCUUGGACUGUCUUAA